AUGUCACUCAAAUCCUCCACCUUUGCAGCUUUCCGAGCUCUCUCCCGAAAUCAACACACAACCUUCAAAGCUACACCUCGCAUCACCUCUUCAAUCCCGACCCAUGCGUCCCUCAUCCCCCUCAAUCACCCCCGCCUCUACAGCACCCCCUCCAAACCCCUCACCGACCGCUCCUCCUCCUCCUCCUCUACUCCCUCACCACCUCGCGCCCCUCAACCCUCUUAUGAGCUAACCUUCACCUGCAAACCCUGCUCCGCGCGCUCCACACACCGCAUCUCCAAACAAGGCUACCACUCCGGCUCCAUCCUCAUCACUUGUCCCAGCUGCAAAAACCGACAUGUGAUUUCCGAUCACCUGGGAAUAUUUGGAGAUCGCAAAUUGACGAUUGAGGAUUUGAUGAAGGAGAAGGGGAUGUUGGUUAAGAAAGGGACCUUGAGUGAGGAUGGGAAUUUGGAGUUUUGGAGUGAUGGGACAAGUACGGAGAGGAAGAGAGAGGGGGAGGAAGAAGGGGAAUACAAGGAGUGA